AUGCUUACCUAAGCAACAGAUAAUAUAGAUAUCGAACAAGAUCAGUCAAAAUUAGAGGCUCGUUAUCAAGCCAAAAAAAUAGUUAAAACAGAUUAAGCAAGCAAAAGACCAAGUGUUGGAUUUGGAAUAAUGAUUAUGAAUGAAUUUGAUGAAGUACUAGUCUCACAACGCUUAGAACCAGGCAAAGUGGGCCACUUAAAAUGGUAAUUUCCAGGAGGACAUUUGGAAUACGCAGAGACUUUUGAGCAAGGUACCAUUCGUGAAGUGGAAGAGGAAGCUGGAGUCGUACUUCCUUCUGAGAGAAUCAAAUAUAUGACAACUUUAAAUAUGAUAGAGGAAGAAUACUCUUAUCAUUACAUUGGAAUAAUUAUGUUUAUCUCAGUUAAGAAAUAAGAAUUUCCCUUCUUUAACAAUGAGCCUGAGAAGCAAACUGACUGGGAAUGGAUAGCUUGGGAAAAACUGAUACACUUCAGAAAUCUAUUUACACCAUUCAAGCAUUUAAGGGAUUAAGGCUAUGCAGAUAUUAAUAAAAUUAAGUCUUAAUUUGGAUUGUUUUGA